GAUGCUCUCACUGCACCGGUGGACUGUGGUGAUGGUGGGAUGGAGGAUAUAUAAACCAGCCGGGCGUGUUCACUGCCACAGGACUGAAGCGUUCGGACUUUGAUUCAAGAUGCCAAACUGGGGAGGAGGAGCCAAGUGUGCGGCCUGUGAGAAGUCGGUGUAUCAUGCAGAGGAGAUCCAGUGUAAUGGGAGGAGCUUCCAUAAAACCUGCUUCAUCUGCAUGAGCUGCAGAAAAGGGCUGGACAGCACCACGAUGGCAGCGCACGAGUCCGAGAUCUACUGCAAGUCCUGCUACGGCAAGAAAUAUGGGCCCAAAGGCUACGGAUACGGGCAGGGAGCCGGAGCUCUGAGCUCGGAUCCUCCCGGACAGAACGUGGACCUGCGGCCUCACGAAUCUAAACCCAAACCCGCCGCAACAAACUCAAACCCCAGUAAAUGUCAGCAGAAGUUCGGCGGGUCGGACCGCUGCUCUCGCUGCUCUCGCUGCUCUAAAGCCGUGUACGCAGCGGAGAAGGUGAUGGGAGCAGGAAAGCCCUGGCAUAAAACCUGUUUUCGCUGUGCACUGUGCGGUAAAAGCCUCGAGUCGACCACAGUGACCGACAAGGAUGGAGAGCUGUACUGUAAAGUUUGCUACGCUAAAAACUUUGGCCCGAAAGGCUUCGGUCUGGGGAACGAGGCCAUGCUGGAGGAACGACAGUGAACGUGUGUUCCUCUGAUUUGUGACAAGGAGACGCUCUUACUGGACAUUUAAGCUUCUGUGUAACUGGGAAACAUGAUCUUCCUUUGACAGCAGAACAACUGGAUGAAUGUCAGAGGAUGAUGCUUGAUUCCAACAUAAACAUGUUUUGAAUAUUUUAAAAUGCAUCUUUCUCAAUCACAAAUAAAGGGAAACAUAUAAAUAAACGUC